CAGGAGGAUUGCUUGUGCGACUGCAUCUAAAGCAGACCGGUCCAAGGAGUUCUGCCAGGGACAUCACCGCCUGCAUUGCGUCGGACCUGACCAUCUCCAAUGUGAAAUUCCCGGGGAAGGUCGCACGCGCAGCUAAGGGCCGUGCGUGGGCGGGGCUGCGGGCCACCGGGGAAGAGGAGUUGGUGGUGGGCUUUUCGAGGAGGAGAGGAGGGAAAAAGAAGAAAAGCUGUGCUGGCAAGGAUGGGAACUGAAUGACAACCCCCCUCUGCCAAACCACCCCCUCAUAUUUUCCAUCUACCUCCUCGCUCCUGCCCUCCCCCGCCCUCCCCAACCCACGCCCGGGUGGGCCAAUCGCUGCUCCGCAUUCCAGGCGCUUUCUCAGGUUUCUGCUGAUCUUGCAGCGAACAGAAAUGGACCGAGCGAACCUGCGGCCACACGCUCUCUGCUCCACUCCGAGCGGCUGAAGGCUCCGGGCGCGCCGCGGAGCGAGGUCCGUGCGGUGGUGCCGAGACCCGAGAGCCAUGUAGAGCCAGGCUUUGGGCCGCCCGCCUCCCUCGGGAUCGAAUCAAGGGCUCCCGUAGUGUUCGGAGGGGGCGAGAGUGCUGCUUAUCGCCAUUUGCUUGGGUGACUCGGAAGAGGGUGGCCUUUUUGCUUUUCCACCCUGCAUCCUCCGGAACUCCCUGCAACCGGAGAGAAGACAGCGCCUCCAGGUUGCCUGCACCAUGUGAGGAUGGGGGUAGGGAGCGGACAUUUCCUCCAUAGCUGCUCAAUAAAACGAUCGGACCUCUGAGCGGGGAAGGACGCGGACCACGAGGGGCCGGUGCCUCUCGGAUGCUGCUGUGGAGGUGGCCGUUGCUCGCUCCGGCUGCUGCAAAGGCGACCUGCCGCAUUCCGACUCUCCGCCGACUCAGCACCGCCCCUGCGCCAAGCCGGCCGGCCAGCGUCCAUCGAUCGCCCCGUGGGAGCUUAGAAGGCGGCAGGCGAAGAGGGGUAGGAGGGGGGAGAGCCAAGGAGCAGCAAAGGGGGUGACAGGCGUGGGGAUCUGCUGAGUUGGCACUGCACCGGGUCCUAGGAGGGCUGCAGGAGGGGAGGGGAGCUGUGGCGAGCCCCGGAGCGAUGGCAGGUGUGCGUUAAGGCAAUCAGAGCAGGAAGAAAAACCCACUCACCAACACAAAAAAACAGAGCACACCCCCAAAACCCAAGCCUCUCAAAAAAGCUGCACUGGGGGCCCUCAGGCGAGAGGGCUUUCCAAAUUGGGUAAAAGGCAGCGUGGAGGAGGGGGAGGUGGUAACUAGCAAAGUUGCAGACCUCUGAACCUUCUGGCUCUGAAGCCCCUCCCCGUGAGCGUGGGGGAGACUCACUCUCCGGUGGGGGGGGCGCUUGGGUCCCCCCCACCCCUCUUCCCUCGCUCCUUCACACCCCGGGCUCUCUCCUGGCCUCCCACCCCUGCACCCUGCUUCCAUCAUGACGGUGAUGUCGGGGGAGAAUGCGGAUGAGGCUUCGGCCGCUCCGGGUCACCCCCAGGAUGGCAGCUACCCACGGCAGGCCGACCACGACGACCACGAAUGCUGCGAACGCGUGGUGAUCAACAUCUCCGGGCUACGCUUCGAGACGCAGCUCAAGACCCUGGCACAGUUCCCCAACACGCUGCUGGGCAACCCAAAGAAACGCAUGCGCUACUUCGACCCCCUAAGGAACGAGUACUUCUUUGACCGCAACCGGCCCAGCUUUGAUGCCAUCCUUUAUUACUACCAGUCAGGGGGCCGCCUGCGCAGGCCGGUCAACGUGCCCCUGGACAUGUUCUCCGAGGAGAUCAAAUUUUAUGAGUUGGGCGAGGAGGCCAUGGAGAAGUUCCGGGAAGAUGAGGGCUUCAUCAAGGAAGAGGAGCGCCCCCUACCUGAGAAGGAGUACCAGCGUCAGGUGUGGCUGCUCUUUGAGUAUCCGGAGAGCUCAGGGCCUGCCAGGGUUAUAGCCAUUGUAUCGGUCAUGGUCAUCCUCAUCUCCAUAGUCAUCUUUUGCCUGGAGACUCUCCCUGAGCUGAAGGAUGACAAGGACUUCACGGGCACCAUCCACCGCAUCGACAACACCACAGUCAUCUAUACUUCCAACAUCUUCACAGACCCCUUCUUCAUUGUGGAAACCUUGUGUAUCAUCUGGUUCUCUUUCGAGCUGGUGGUGCGCUUCUUCGCCUGCCCCAGCAAGACAGACUUCUUUAAGAACAUCAUGAACUUCAUCGACAUCGUGGCUAUCAUUCCUUAUUUCAUUACCCUGGGCACGGAGAUAGCUGAGCAGGAGGGAAAUCAGAAGGGCGAGCAGGCCACUUCCCUGGCCAUCCUCAGGGUCAUCCGCUUGGUAAGGGUGUUCAGAAUCUUCAAACUCUCUCGCCACUCUAAGGGCCUCCAGAUCCUGGGCCAGACCCUCAAAGCUAGCAUGAGAGAGUUAGGGUUGCUCAUCUUUUUCCUCUUCAUUGGGGUCAUACUGUUCUCUAGCGCAGUGUACUUUGCCGAGGCGGAAGAAGCUGAGUCGCACUUCUCCAGUAUCCCCGAUGCUUUCUGGUGGGCGGUGGUGUCCAUGACCACUGUGGGAUACGGUGACAUGUACCCUGUGACAAUUGGAGGCAAGAUCGUGGGCUCCUUGUGUGCCAUCGCUGGUGUGCUGACAAUUGCCCUGCCCGUACCUGUCAUUGUGUCCAAUUUCAACUAUUUCUACCACCGAGAAACUGAGGGGGAAGAGCAGGCUCAGUUACUCCACGUUAGCUCUCCUAACUUAGCCUCGGACAGUGACCUCAGCCGGCGCAGCUCCUCUACGAUCAGCAAGUCUGAGUACAUGGAGAUCGAAGAGGACAUGAACAAUAGCCUAGCCCAUUACAGACAGGCCAAUAUCAGAACUGGUAACUGCACCACGGCUGAUCAAAACUGCGUUAAUAAGAGCAAGCUCCUGACCGAUGUUUAAAAAGCAACAGGCAAGCAAGCAAAAGCCCCAAACAAAGCCCCUGGUGACUCAUGUCCCACUCUGUAGAUACUUCACUAAACAUUAGUCUUUGGAUGCUUUAUCUAACUGGCAAUGCAUUGUUGCAUUGUGAGUUUGGGGAGUGGCCAACCUGAAGCUUUCAAGACCCAUCAAAAAGAAACUAUUGUCAUUUUAUUAAAAAUGAGAAGAGAAAGUAUUUUAUAAAACUGGCUUCAAUGCUGUCCAUGAAGUAGUCUGUGUGAAACAAGACUCAUGCUCUCCCUGUACUGAAAUAUUUCCAAUCUUUUGGCAUAAGUUUUUUUUUUUUAAACCUAAAAAUCAGAUGACCACUUAGGAAUACAAAAUUCAGAUUUGCAUGGGACUCCACUCUAAAGUCUUUGCAAACUGCACACCACAUUUCUUUCAGCUAGUGUUCUCUGUGGAACACUUAACAGCCUCAGUGGUCAGUGAACAAAUGCUUUUAUUUUGAUCAGCUGAACCGCAUACAAGGCAACCAAAAUCCGGACUAAUUAAGACCGGUUCUCAAAGCACCAUAUACAUCUGUUACCGGUCCCAGUCUGCUGGGAUUUUCCAUCUGCCCCAUUCUCCCAAAUCCAGUCUAUUCUCUAAGAAAAGGGUAACUUGAUUAAAUGAGUUGAUUCAUCUGUAGGGCUGCUAAGUUCUCUCAACUGCAGAUGAUCCAAAUACAGGUCUUUUCUCACUAAUCCUGCACCCUGAUCCCUGACCUUCAGAAGUGGAUGCAAAACCUUACCACCCUACCCUCUUUAUUGCAAGAGCACAAGAGUUAAAUGGUAAGCAUGUUUGAAUCUGAUAACAUUUAUUUUAUAAUAGCAUGCCGAGACAGUUAACCCAGACAAUAGGGAAUAAGCUUACGUUGAAAUUGACUCUUCUAAAUAUAGGCCCUUUUUCAUUUGCAUUCACCAAAAGUGCACUCCUUCAUUUAUUAACUCUUUUCUUAGCAACUAAAGUACUGUAUUUAAGUACAUAUGUUAGUCAGAUGGGAACAAUCCCUUUUUGGAGCUCAAAGCAUGUUCUCUUAGUCAGCAUUAUGGCCUAUUUGAUUAAGAUGUACCUUGACUUAAUUAAUGCAUGAUUUCAGUAAUAAAAAUUAGAAAAUACUAAAAAUCACAAGUCUGUGGGAUGAAAGGCCCAAAAGAAACAAUGGGGGUGGGGGUGGGGGACACUCCCGUCAAUUUUCCUGCCUUUGCUCAGGGAAAUGUCAAGCUUCUGUGCAGGUAUAGGCAGAGAGAGGACCAAUAUGCCCAUCCUUUAAGGGGAAACUGUGGAAAACUAAAUAAGUCAUCAAGGUAUUUAAUACACCUAAGACAAGCAUUCUUUCUAGCUGAACAUAACUACAAGCAAAACAAACAACAAAAAAAGGUGCAAUAUUGCAUGGUUUUUUGGUGCAUUCCUAGGAUGUAAGUGAUAAUGUUUAUCUCUUCAUGCACCCAGAGCAGAGCUGAUUUCUUUUUGCAGUCAUGAUUUGAAGUCUAUAGAGACUUCAGCCCUCCCCUUGAGGCUCCCUGAAGAAACUCAGCCAAUUGAUUUAAUAGUUGCUUAGUGCCUUUAUCUGUACCCACAGUGAACUGCAGAAAGUGCCUCCAUAACUCAGCUGGGAAGUCAUUUAACAAAGGGGAGGAAGGGUUGGGGCGCAGACCUUUCGCUUUCUGGUCUUGUUUGUUCUUCCAUCCUCACUCUCUCACUUCACCACUGUGAGAAGACCACACCACCCUCUGAGCCCCAAAGAAGAGAAAGAGAAAGCAGGUGCUGCUUCUCUGGCCAUCUACAGGACUUGGUCUCUUGGGCAGCCUGACUCUGGAUAUGAACUGAGACCCGUCUUUGAACUGGACGUGAACCGUAAACCUGUUCUGUACUGUUUUGUUUCUUUUUCUUCUCCAUCAGAAGGCAAGAGAAAUGUUUUGGAGAACGUGGAAGGCCAGUCUGGACAGACAAAGCUUCCUCAGGUUCAGUGGUUCCUUCUCCCCACUCUCUCCCUGUCAGCUACAGCACUUUGCAGAUCUCUGAUAGUCUGGUCUUUGGGGGUAUCAUUGUGAACCAUGGGAACACUUAGCUCACAGUGACCUUACAUAGGCCAGCCUUCUUGGCCAACCUCCUCUAGGUAUCUCCUAUGAUGCUCCUAUGACUGUCCCACAUGGAAGUCACUUUACUGGCUGAACACCUGACUGCUGCUGCCCCAGCCACUGAAUCCAGAGAAUGAUGGGGACGCUGUGUCCAGCUGAAAGAUUGCCAUAUCACACAGGCUCUGGAGUCCAGCAGCUAUUCACCAAUGGAGAGGCAGUCAUUGUCUUUUUAAGGACGGUAGAGUGGGGAACCUUCAUACUGCUUUUAGCAUGUGGCUGCCUACUACUGUCUGCCUUACAUCCUUGCCUGGCUUCUUCUGGAAUCUUCCCUGGUACUUCCAUUCCUUUACCCCAUCCAGUCUUCAGAGAAGUGAGGCCAUCAACCAAGAAACUAUGACGACAUCCAGGCUGUCUAGCUCAACUGAAGGAAGAUGGACAUUUUCUUUCCCUGCACAACUUUUGUGAGUAUUCAGAGUGAACACAACACAUAUCCUGGAAGAUGAGGGACUGAGAACUGCCAACCUCUGACUAUAGGGUAUUAAACCCUCCCGUGUGUUGCUCACUCUUUGAACCUUAGAUCAUCGUUCUGAUCUUUGCUUCUACAUGCUUGCAAGUCUCCAGUUGGGGGCAAAAUGCCAACUCCUCCAGUCUCCAGGGAUAUCUUGUAGUUUUAUUUUGACUCGGAGAUCUAGGACACAGCAGAACUCUGUCAACAGCAAUAAUCCACUCGGUACUAUGGGAUGGAUGGCUUAGAGGAGGAGACAAUGAGGCCAAGACUGAUCAGCCAGCCCCGGACACUUGGUGUGCCUCUUGUAGCUAUGCCCUGGACAGGUUGAAUCCUCUGUAUACGUUAGAAGGAAAAAGUGCUGCAUGUGGUGAAGUGGUCUGCCUGGGCUUGGGGAUGUGCUGUUGCUGUGCAUUUGGAGCGGAUGGGGGAUUUGGAUGCUGGCUAUCCAUCUGUAGCUCAUUGCAGUGAACGCGGUGACAAGUACAGGGAUGAUCUGUGUAGCAUAGGCAUGCGACCUUUGACCAAGCUCUCCCCCGCUGCACUGAAAUGUGCUGAGAUGUCUUUGUAGACCUGAAGGUGCACUUAACUAAACUGCCUACUAAGGAAUGACUCUCAUUUGGUCCACUUCAUGACUCCCUUUCCCAGGCUUUUUGUCCUUUCACCCCCUUCUUAGGUACUGAGCCUCGAUAGCUCAUGCCCUAAUGCUUAUUAUACCCGUUUUCUCUGAAAGGAGAAGACUUAUGAUGCACUGAUAGCCAUAGCCCGGCUCUUCCAACAUGCAGGGCCCUAGUUCAAUAGGGUGCCCUUGGAAGGGUCAGGUCAUCCUGUGGCUAUUAGCCAUCCCAGAAUCUCUGAAGUGCUUAAUUCACUUCAAGCGAUCUGAAUCAGAGAGACCAAAGAUACUCAUUUCCUCUGUCCUCAGAUUUCUAGAAGACUGACUAGAGCCAGGAAAGGGUUUGGUUUGGUUUGGCUUUUCUCUCCCCUUCCUGCAUCUGUGCACACCCCCACCUCACUCCCCCUUGAGACUUGAAUUCUGAAGCUCAGUGACAUCUGUUCACUGGGAGUGUUUAUGGCUUAGUCCAGGACAGCAGGUCAGAUACUUCUCCCACAUUGUAGUCAAUGAACAGUCAUUUCUCUAAAAUGGAACUGUGUUGUGGCUUUAGAUUCUGCUGUGGUAGAACUAAAGUACAGAGGUUACCACAGCCUUGAUCCUCUUGAGAGCUAGAACAGAAAAAAGAAGUGUCUGAGUGGUGGCUGAGAAAUUUUCCUAAGUAGAAAUGACAUUCAACCCAGAAAGGACUUUCUUCAUGUCGGGUGUAGUUACAAAUUCUUCAAAUUAGUGUCUAAAAAAAAUCAGUAAAAAAAAUUAGUUUUCAACCUCAUACUCAAUAUAGGAGGCCUCAAAACACAUGUUUAAAAAGGCAACUUUAAACUUUAAUUUCUUGUUUGGUAGAUCGGAUUGAACAGAAAGUAGAAAGGGAACAUUAGCAGAAGGCAAUUCCCCAUUUUCUUCCAGGAAUGACUUAUUCCUGGGAGUGGUGAGAGUUGGUGGGUGGUAACCAUCCAUAGUAUAAGAUUGUUAGAAAGAGUAUAAACUGCCAAACAACCACGUUAUCUUCCAGCCCUUUCCAAGCAAGAGUGAGGCCUUUUGAUGUUUAUAUUCAUUUUGAGAAGACAAACAAGCUUGAAUUGAGGAGCAGACCCAAGCUAGGUUGAACUGUGAUCUCAGGAGGUAGACUCUCACCUAUGGUGUAGUCCAGUAGUACUUACAUUUAUAGCAUGGGACUUCAGGGUAUAUGCAAACGUGUCUAGAAUGACUCAGGUAAAUCUUCAAGGAAUGUACAUUACUUACCACUUUUGUAAAGAAGCGAGCAGGAACUGAAUUGCUAACCAAAACCAGCCCAUCACCUUGGGCCACUGUGCAAACUCAUUCAGGGCGUAGACAUAAGGUUAAAAGCCUUGAGAGAAAAUGGCAGCCUCUUUGCUCAUUGGCUCUCGGGGAUGCCCAUGUGCAAGCAAAGGGUUAGGCUCUGCUGCCCUUAGGACAGCUUUGAGGAGGUCAACCCUGGUCACAGUGGUUUUUCUUUGGGAGUUUACAGGGAAAUCGUGGUGUGAAACUUCAAAGGAUCUAGAGAAGUUUUGUUCCUAAAUCACAGAAGAAGAAAAAUGGAAUGAGGAAAGGAAAUAAAACAAGAAAAGUCCUUGCAGAGUAUAUGCUAGGUCAUAAGUGGUCUUCCCUUUCCCAAACUUGUAAGAGUCUCUUUCUUCUUCAGUGCACUGUUUAGGGACUGUUGAUGCAGCAGCCAUAAGUGACAUGGACGCUGUGACAUACCUCUAAGAUGAAAGAUAAAGUAUUCCUGAGGCUAAAAACUAAAGUCGAGAAGUGUCCAUUUGAAGUGCACCCUCAGGACGACAAACCAUUGAAGCUGAUGCCGUUCUGUUUUGUUUCUUGGCUUUGCCAGUCGCUUGCUCCUUGAGUUAAGGACACGUCUCAUCUCAUCUCCCCUGCACUUGCCCUGCCCUAACCGUUUACCAUGUCGGGUCGAGGACAGUGAGUGUUACGAAGGGAGAACCUAACAAUGCGCAUAGUUUUCAUCUAUGCAAUUUUACUUGGUUCUGUCAUUUCAUGAUCUGUUCAUAUUUGGCAUCAAUUAAAGAUAAUUUUUAAGGAUCUUA